AUGUCCGACGCGCCUGCACCCGUCGCAGAGGGAAGCGCAUCUCGCCCGAGGCCAUCGAGACGCGGAGGCCGAGGUCGUGGCAAUCGCAAUCACAGACGCCCUCAGACGCAAGCUACAGAACGAUCGCACGAUGCACAAGCAGCACAACCACCAACCCAGCAGUCGUCACAACUCCAACCUACCCAGAAUUCACCAUCAGAUCUCCCCGCCGAUGCACCGCGCUCUCGCCGAGGACCACGGAGGGGAAGAGGGGGCGGUCGGGGCGACGGCGCACCCUCGGAGGGUAGUAGUCGUCGACAGAGACAACGAGGCGGGGACCGAGGAACAACUAGUACGGGCAGACGGUUCGAGGGACGCUUAACGAAGCCAGAACAGGCUCCGGAGGGCGAACAGGUUGAUACAGCAGUGGAUGCGAAUGAUCUAGGAUUGAGGGCCGAUGCGCCUGCAUUUGUGCCAGGAACACAAUCGGAACCUGUCGCCAACGAGCCAACUCCCUCGACUACUUCCGCACCCACGAAGAAGAAGCCUAAGGCUAAGAAUGCCCCGCCCCCGCCGCCUAAAGUUACGACAAAAUCAGUUGCGCCCGACAUUGCCACUCGCAUUCAUGAGGAUAUUGCUCACAACCUCUAUGAGUGUCCUAUUUGCACCGCAGAGCUGGGGAGGAGAUCGCGUGUCUGGAAUUGCGGAUUAUGUUGGACGGUCUUCCAUCUAAGCUGUGUCAAGAAGUGGUCGAAGAACGAAGGUGCUGCUGCGCAGGACUCUGCCCGUCGCCAAGGAGAAGGUACUCUUGAGCACCCUCAGUGUUUUCGCGUCUGCAAGGCUGGCUUGCAUUGUGGUCGUCAUGCGUGUGCUGAGCGCUGUUGUCCCGGCGAACAGAAGGCGGUUGAGCGUCAGGCUCUGCGGCGAAAGCUCAAGUCUCAUCUCCGCCCAAGUGAUGAAGAUGUGGAGGCCGAACAUAUCUGCACUCGGGUGUGUGGCCGCAUGCUGAAAUGUGGGCGGCAUACAUGCCCCGAGCUCUGUCAUAAAGGACCCUGCAACACUUGUAGAGAGGCCAUCUUCGAGGAGAUCUCAUGUAAUUGUGGUCGAUCUGUUUUGUAUCCACCUUUACCUUGUGGGACCCAGCCGCCGCCAUGCUCUGCGCCGUGCGAACGCCCGAAAUCGUGCGGUCAUCCCCAGACACCACACAACUGUCAUACGGAUGAAGAGGAGUGUCCCAAAUGCCCCUAUCUAACCGAGAAGAUGUGCUUGUGUGGAAAACAAAUAUUGAAGAACGUACCCUGUUGGCUGGCAGAUGCGCGGUGUGGCCGUAUCUGUGGCGAAACGCUUAAGUGUGGCUCUCAUACGUGCCAGAAGAACUGCCAUCGCCCGGGCGAUUGCGAAGAUACUUUGAAGCCUUGCCAACAGCCAUGCGGAAAGACCAAGACGAUGUGCGGUCAUCCAUGCACGGAGCCUUGCCACGCGCCUUAUCCAUGCCCCGAGAAAACGCCCUGUUCUUCCAUGAUCACGGUAACAUGUGGUUGCGGACGCCUCCGCCAGGAGCGUCGUUGCAAUGCAGCGAAGGCUGUGGCAUCAAAGGGACAGUUGCAGCAGCCACAAAGAUUGCCUGCUGUGACCCCCUUGACAUGUGAUGAUGAAUGCGCGCGGCUCGAGCGGAACCGUUCGUUGGCAUCUGCUUUGGGAGUUGACAUUAACCCGUCGACUACUGUUGCGCAGAACGCUACUGCGAGUCUUCCCUAUUCUUCUGAAACUCUGGACAUGUAUAUCCAGUUGUCGUCCUCCGCUCCUUUGUCUACCCUCCAAUCUUAUGAAUCUACUCUUCACUCAUUAGCGGCUAAUCCAACACAACGUUCUGUACGGUUUCAACCAGCAAAGUCAUCCCUACGGGCGUUCGUUCAUUCUCUCGCAACUGACUGGGGCUUCGCGAGCGAGAGCUUUGACCCCGAACCUCACCGACAUGUGUUUGUUUUGAAACCUACAGUGUGGAACCCUCCUCUUCUUGGGAUGGGCAAUGGAACAGCGAUCGGAAUCGGCGGCAUGAGUGUAAGCGAAUGCGUUAAACUACGCGAACGCCAGAGACAAAAAGAACGUGAAGCCCAGCGUCUUGCUGCAGCGGAAGCCAAGGCCCAACGGGAAGCUGUUAAGGCCCAGGCAAACGCCACCAACGAGGGUGGAUGGGCUCAGGUCGCCGCCUCACGACGAAGCAAUGCCAGCACACGAAGCACGACCCCGAAUCCAGGCACGACUUCCCGGUCUGGUUCGAUGUUUGCGGCUCUCGCUGGCGAUGAUGGGAGCACAUGGGGCGCUCCUAAGAAGGAAAAACUCGUCCUUCGGUCAGGAGUAGGCGCCGGGAAACAGUUGCGAACUCCACAACCCGCAGCUGAGGUUGUUGAUAGUUGGGAGGAGGAAGAAGAAAAACAAGAGCAGGAAGAGCGUGCUCGGGAGCAGGAGCAGGGGCAGGAACAGGAUGAUGGACAAGGAGAUGUUCAGCAAGGAACCUCCGAACUCGAAACAGCACAGACUGGAGAAGCUAUUGCUACUUCUUCAGUGGUAUGA